UAAUAUACAUAAAAUGGCGAUAUAAGAGCGUAAGCAGCGCUUUAGUUGUUCGCAUAACGUCUUGGCAACUAAACGUGUGCUGAAGUCCCGAAAGCAAAUACGACACACAUCAUUAACUCUUAAGUUUCAACACGCAAUGGCCAAGUACAAGUUGUGUGUUUUCUUGGCGCUUUUAUGCGCCGCAGCGUUGCUAGUCAACGUCACUGCUGCAGAAGAAGUUGAGGCAAGAAAUGACGAAGUCGCACCCGAGUUGCCUCAACCAGAAGCUAUAAAGGACCUUAGUAAGCCUUUGCCAGCUAAAUACGAAUUGUCUGAAAAUCCCGCCAUUGUGCCCGUAGAGAUAGAAGACAAGACAGAUGAGGAGCAAAGUAAGCCGGUGGGUGAAGGAGAACUUGCUCAGGGCGAAAGUGUUGUCAUCGGCGCUGAGGAUAGUAAAACCGAAAAUCUUGAGCGCGCCAUGAAUGCAGAGAUAUUGCAACAACCCCAAAUGGCACGUCUAGCCCGUCAUCUCAAAAGCUUCCACAACUAUCACGUAUAUCGUGCACAGAAAGCUGCCGGUAUAGAGCGCGCUGCCAACGUCGUUGAUGGCAUGGAAGAUGAUGAUGGCAUAGUGCCCGAGGAACGUGCCAUACGUCGUCGUCAGCGCGUACAUAAGCGCAAGACCAACAACAACGUACGUCGUAAACAUCACAGGAAGAAUGUCGCUAAUCGUCUGAACAGUGCCAAACGUCAAAAUCAACGCGUCAACUCUGUGCGCAAGCGAAAUACGAAGAAAGGAUCAGCAGGUCGUCGUCGCGUGAGCAAUGAUGGCAAUAAGCGUCGUAGUAGCAGCAACAAAAAGCAGAGAAAGUCAAGCACUAGCAACAAGCGUCGCUCAUCGAAAAACGGUAUGCGUAAAACCAAACAAAAAUCAUCACUGAAGAAACGCACCACGAAGAACUUCAAUAGCCAUAGCCCGUAUUUUGAGGAAGAGCAGACUGUGUAUCCCGUUCGCUCGCAGGUGAACAACGUACCUCAGAUGAUCGUCAUUCUGGACGGUGACAAGGCGGAAACUGCAAUCAUCGGCCAAGCUGCCUAAAGCUGGUAGAUUCGUUUCAAAAUGUAUAUUUUAAGUAUUAAAAGAAUGAAUAAUUUAUAC